CCCUUUCCCCUCUCCCUGCAGCCGCCCUCUGUCCUGCCCCUCACUGGAAGGCCCCUGCGGCCGCGGCAGAUAGACGAUGAGCAGCCACGGCAACAGCCUGUUCCUGCGGGAGAGUGGCCAGCGGCUGGGCCGGGUGGGCUGGCUGCAGCGGCUGCAAGAAAGUCUGCAGCAGAGGGCGCUGCGCACGCGCCUGCGCCUGCAGACCAUGACCCGUGAGCACGUGCUGCGCUUCCUGCGCCGGAACGCCUUCAUCCUGCUGACCGUCAGCGCGGUGGUCAUCGGGGUCAGCCUGGCCUUUGCCCUGCGCCCGUACCAGCUUACCUACCGGCAGAUCAAGUACUUCUCUUUCCCCGGAGAGCUUCUCAUGAGGAUGCUGCAGAUGCUGGUGCUGCCGCUCAUUGUCUCCAGCCUGGUCACAGGUAUGGCAUCCCUGGAUAACAAGGCAACAGGCCGGAUGGGGAUGCGGGCAGCUGUAUACUACAUGGUGACCACGGUCAUUGCUGUCUUCAUUGGCAUCCUCAUGGUCACCAUCAUCCACCCUGGGAAGGGCUCCAAGGAGGGGCUGCACCGCGAGGGCCGCAUUGAGACCAUCCCCACAGCUGAUGCCUUCAUGGACCUGGUCAGAAAUAUGUUUCCACCCAACCUUGUGGAGGCCUGCUUCAAACAGUUCAAGACGCAGUACAGCACGAGGUUGGUAACUAGGACCAUAGUGAGGACAGAGAAUGGAUCUGAGCUGGGCACCGCCAUGCCUCCCCCAUCCUCGAUGGACAACGGAACCAGCCUCCUGGAAAAUGUCACAUGGGCCUUGGGCACCCUACAGGAGGUGCUGAGCUUCGAGGAGACUGUGCCUGUGCCUGGCUCAGCCAAUGGCAUCAAUGCCCUGGGCCUCGUGGUCUUCUCUGUGGCCUUUGGGCUGGUCAUCGGUGGCAUGAAACACAAGGGCCGAGUCCUGCGGGAUUUCUUCGACAGCCUCAAUGAGGCUAUUAUGAGGAUGGUGGGCAUCAUUAUCUGGUACGCACCCGUGGGCAUCCUGUUCCUGAUUGCUGGGAAGAUCCUCGAGAUGGAAGACAUGGCCGUCCUGGGGGGUCAGCUGGGCAUGUACACCCUGACCGUCAUCGUGGGCUUGUUCCUCCAUGCUGGUGGUGUCCUGCCCCUCAUCUACUUCCUCAUCACCCACCGGAACCCCUUCCCCUUCAUUGGGGGCGUGCUGCAGGCCCUCAUCACUGCCAUGGGCACGUCUUCCAGCUCUGCAACGCUGCCCAUCACCUUCCGCUGCCUGGAGGAGGGCCUGGGUGUGGACCGACGCAUCACCAGGUUUGUGCUGCCUGUGGGGGCCACCGUCAACAUGGACGGGACCGCCCUGUACGAGGCCCUGGCCGCCAUCUUCAUCGCCCAAGUCAACAACUAUGAGCUCAACCUGGGCCAGAUCACAACUAUCAGUAUCACGGCGACAGCAGCCAGCGUUGGGGCUGCUGGCAUCCCCCAGGCGGGUCUGGUCACCAUGGUCAUUGUGCUCACAUCGGUGGGCCUGCCCACUGAAGACAUCACGCUGAUCAUAGCGGUGGAUUGGUUCCUUGACCGGCUUCGCACAAUGACCAAUGUUCUGGGGGACUCUAUUGGAGCGGCCGUCAUUGAGCAUUUGUCUCAGCGGGAGCUGGAGCUGCAAGAAGCCGAGCUCACCCUCCCCAGCCUGGGGAAGCCCUACAAGUCGCUCAUGGCACAAGAGAAGGGGGCGUCCAGGGGCCGGGGAGGCAACGAGAGUGCCAUGUGAGGGGACCCCAGCCCUGCUGCCCAUAGAGGAGGGAACGGGGCUGGGGCGGGGGGGUCCUAGGGAAGACCCACUUGCCCGAAUGACUGUGCGCUGAACACACGUGUUCUGUCCGGCUUGUUUGGUGGAAACUAAGAUAAAGGAGCAGGAACCAAA